CUCCGCGGUCGCUGGCGGUGGAGCGCAGAGGAGCGGAAUAUUUCCCGUGAACAUCCUCUGCUCAGUUCAGCUGCUGUCCAGACCCGGGUCGGCUAAAGUGCCGCGUCCAGCCAUUCUCCUACCGCUCGCCCGUCAGUUUGAGUGCCCCUAGCCCUCCUGCGAGGGCGCCCCGGGACGGAAGGAUCCACCAGCCUGUCGGCGCCCGCCGUUCUCGUGGUCGCCGUCGCCGUCGUCGUGGUGGUAGUCUCUGCCGUCGCCUGGGCCAUGGCCAAUUACAUCCACGUUCCGCACGGCUCCCCGGAGGUGCCCAAGUUGGACGUCACGGUUCAGGAUCAGGAGGAGCAGCGCUGCCGGGAGGGGGCCCUCAGCCUCCUGCAACACCUGCGGCCGCACUGGGACCCUCAGGAGGUGACCCUGCAGCUUUUCACAGAUGGAAUCACAAAUAAACUUAUUGGCUGUUAUGUGAGUAAUACGAUGGAGGAUGUAGUCCUGGUGCGAAUUUAUGGCAAUAAGACUGAGUUGUUAGUUGAUCGAGAUGAGGAAGUGAAGAGUUUCCGAGUGUUGCAGGCUCAUGGCUGUGCACCGCAACUCUACUGUACCUUCAAUAACGGACUGUGCUAUGAAUUUAUACAGGGAGAAGCAUUGGAUCCAAAGCAUGUCUGCAACCCUGCCAUUUUCAGGCUAAUAGCACGUCAGCUUGCUAAAAUCCAUGCUAUCCAUGCACACAAUGGCUGGAUUCCUAAAUCUAAUCUAUGGCUAAAGAUGGGAAAAUAUUUCUCUCUCAUUCCCACAGGAUUUGCAGAUGAAGACCUUAAUAAAAGGUUCUUAAGUGAUAUCCCAAGCUCUCAGAUUCUUCAGGAAGAAAUGACUUGGAUGAAGGAGAUUCUUUCCAACCUGGGCUCACCUGUUGUGCUGUGCCAUAAUGACCUAUUGUGUAAGAAUAUAAUCUACAAUGAGAAACAAGGUGAUGUACAGUUCAUUGAUUAUGAAUAUUCUGGAUACAACUACCUGGCAUAUGAUAUCGGAAAUCAUUUCAAUGAAUUUGCAGGUGUGAGUGAUGUAGACUAUAGUCUCUAUCCAGACAGGCAACUACAGGGCCAGUGGCUGCGUUCUUACCUCGAAGCCUACAAAGAAUUUAAGGGCUUUGGGACUGAAGUUACUGAAAAGGAGGUGGAAAUACUCUUCAUUCAGGUCAAUCAGUUUGCUUUGGCUUCUCAUUUCUUUUGGGGAUUAUGGGCUUUGAUUCAAGCCAAAUACUCCACUAUUGAUUUUGAUUUCCUUGGGUAUGCAAUUGUUCGUUUUAACCAAUACUUUAAAAUGAAGCCUGAAGUUACUGCAUUAAAAGUGCCUGAGUAAAGAAGAGAUUUGAUUAUUCUCAAGUAGCUGAACAAUGCUUGUGUAUCUUUUCUUAAGAAAUUUUGAAAAGCCAAUAUUUGUUAAAAUUCUCUUGUUUAAUUUGGUUAUCUUGCUUUACAAAUUAUGCCUCUAAACAACCAAUCUAUUUUUUAAAUAGACUGAAUGAUGUCAAGAAGUAUACCUACUGCUAUCAGUAUGUGGUGGAUUAGAAGUUUGUUAAAUCUGCAAAAAGUAUAAAUAUGUCAGUUUAAUCCUUUCUUUGAUAAUUUAAUCUAUGUUAUAUGUGAAUUAUUUAUUAUAAAUUUAACAUAAUUCUGUGACUGCUUUCAUCUGUUUCAUCUGUUGGUUGAGUGUAAGCAAUGGAAAUGUUCCAGAGAAAAUUUUUUUAAAGUUUUACUUUAAUAAAAAAAUCUAGGUGUUCAGUGUAACCUUUUUAUCUUGAUACACUAUAAGAAAUAUGAAUCAUUCACUCUUGAAAUGCCAGAUACUGGUAUAGAUAGCUUAGGGUGUUCAUAGAAAAGUAUCUGUGUAUGAGGGUAAACUACAUUUACUGUCUACGUUUAGUGGUACAUCUUUUUGAAUUGAAUAUUGGAAAGUUUUUCUGGGGGGGAAUAUAUCUUAAAAUUAAAUUCUCCUUUCCAUACAUAGUCUGGCAGUAUAAAUAUUAAUAUUUACCUAUAAUCCUGGAAUAGAUAUAUGAUUUUAUGUUACCAAAAUCUGCAUUAAAUAAUGUUUUCAUAUACUAAAUAUGGUCAUUUAAGUUGCUAGUUCUUAAAAUUUGAUAUCACAUUUUUUUAAACCAAAAAUUUUGUUUUACUUAUUGAAAUAUUCUGUGUUUUUGUCUGUUUACCUAGUAGAACAAAUGCUCAUUUUUGAAACAAAGAUAGAAUGAUUAUCAUACUUGGGAACAAGAAAAUAGCAUUUAGAUAGAUUCUUUUUUACCUUUCAAGAUUCAUUCCUUAAGACUUUGUUUCAUGUUUUAGUUUGGCUCCGUCUUUAGAGUGAUAGCAAAUGAUUGCGUGAUAUAUGUAGCUUCAGAGAAAUAAAAUUAAAAGCAGUUAAAAGAAAUAAGGAACAUUUAGGACAUUGAUCUGAUACACUUAAAAUCUAACAAAAUGUGAAUUAAACAAAUAUUCAUGGUAGGAGGGCUUCUGUUCUAGUUUCUCUUGAUUUUGUUUGUGUAUUUUUUAUUUCGUUUGGGAAUGAAAGGGUGGCAAUUAUAUGGAAGGAAGUUAGAUCUUUGCAAUAAGUAGGCUUCAAGUUUUGAAGACUGCUUGCUGCUGUGUGGAGUUGAGCAGUCAUGGUUAACUUUACUUAGAAAAUUAGUCUGACAAGCUUUGCACUUCGGUCACAUAAGUGCCCAUGUACAAAGUUGACUUAAUGAAUCUGCAUAUUCAGAAUAUGCAACUACAAAUAUAUCCUCUGAGAAAUCUUCUGGGGAGUUUGAUGUAUUAUUCCAAAUGACUUAUAUUCUCAGAUAAGUGCUUUAAAAUACUUGGAUUAUCUCAAGAUGUUUAAAGCUAAUAAAGUAAGUAGAAACACUUAAAAGGCCAUUUUAAAUGGUAAAUUCUAGUUACAUAAAUAGAAUCUUAAAAUCUGCUUGUGUCUAUAACAGUGUUAGACUAAGAUUUGUUUUCUACCUCCCCAAUGUUACAAAUGUUCACUUCUGUUUUUAUAAACCAUAUUACUAUAGGAUCAGUAGAAUUUUACCUAAUUGACUGAAUGGAACCAAUUAAACAAUUAAUAGCUUUUUACAUAAUGUUAGAGUGAGCUUGAAGAAUUGUUUUUGGUGGAAUUUUCAUCUGUGGUUGGAACAUUUUCUUAGGACAAUGAAUAAUAUGUAAUACCCUUGAUUUAUUUUUUAUUUAUUUUUUAUUUUUUUUGUUUUCUAACUUUACUUAAAGUGCAACAGUAUAUAUCUUGGAGAACUAUGGGAGGAGAGAAGACCAGUUUUCUACUUUACUCCAUAUUCUUCCAACUACUUUGAGUAGAGAUUCACUGAGCCUUUGCUGGUAGAUUGUGCAUAGCUGCUAGCUGUGAUACUCAGAGAGGUUCAUACAGAACUGAAUGUAAAGGUGAAGAGAGGCUCUCAUUUUAGCCCUAGGAGUAUGCAGUGGAAGCUGGAAACAAAAUGAGACAUUUAAGAUAUUUUCCCCACUCUGUGGCUAGAUUUUGGGUGUAAUGAUGCUCCCACAUCCUGUACAGGUUUUUGGGAUCAUGCUGCAGACUAAUAAGAGGAUUCAAAAUUGCUUCCCUUUUUAUUGACCAUUUAAAGGAUUCUAAAGGAAAAACAACCCUCUAAAAUUUGUCCUUUGGCUUGCUGAGAUAGUCUGUUGCUUUUUUAUGUUAAGCUAAGGAACUUGAAUGCCUUACCUAAUAACUCAGCUGGUAGUAAGUUCAUUUUGUAAAUAACGAAAAUGGUUGUUAGAGAAGUGGCAUUCAUGUAUACUCGUUGUUAGUCAAUAGACCAUAGUGGCCUGGAUGCUUUAACAAGCAAAAUUCCACAUUUUUUCCUUUUGUUCCUUAUAUACUUGUAUGAUCUUACCUGACCAGUAAUAUAUAUAUAUAUAUAUAUAUAUAUAUAUAUAUAUAUAUAUAUUUUCUUUUUUUUUUUUUCCCUCCUGACCCUAUGCUACCACCUGAUUUUCUGGAAAUCAGAGAGAUAUGGUAGUAAUCAUACUGUUCACAUGGUCAUUUGAGAUCAACAUGAGCACAAAACUCAACUAGGUCUGCCUGGAAUGUAUAUAAAACGGUGUAAAUAAAAAUUUGUAAAGUAGUGUGAAUUGUAUGUUGCAUAUGAGAUUGAGUAUUGUUUUGCAUUUUCUUUUGUAGAUUUUUUUUUUUUUUUUUUUUUUGGUAAGCAAAUGAUUCAGCUCUUCGGUUUUAGACUGGAAAUAGCCAAAAGUUCUGGCUGCACAGUGGGAUAACAAGAGGAACUGGAAAAAUAGGGUUUAUCAGUUUUUGUUAAUGUCAGUACUUAUUUAUUUAGCCUCUCAGUGCCUAAUAUGACUUUUCUUCAUUCUUUAGUUGGCCAUUAGUUUUUGUGAGAUUAGGUUCCUAUAAGCAGUAAAUUAAUACACUGCUAGAGCUCCUUUCUUUGAGUCAUGAUUCUAAGCUAAAGCAAAUUAAAAAUAUAAUGUGAUGAUUGCAGACUGAAGUAUUAUCCUUUCCUAUUUUCAAGGUUGUUAACUUUUUUUCUACAAAGAAGAAAAAACCUUGAAAUUUUACAUGUCUCUGUAUGAAUCUAAAUCCCAUAUAUAUGAGAUAUGAUAAUAGCUCUUGGUUCAACUUAAGCAUAUCUCAUGUGGCUUCUCUAAAUAUGAAGUUGUUCAUUAGGGGAUUGUAAAAGACAAAAGAUGUAAGUCAUGAGUAAUCUUUUAAUGACUGCUAUUUUCAUCUUUGCUGAACUACAAAUAUUUAUUUCAGCUUAUAAAUAUGUUACUAAGCUUCCAGAAUUAAAGGAAAAAAAUUCCCCCAAGCACUCACAAUUAAAAAUUAAAAACCUUCACUUUAUAUAGGUUAUCCUUUUUUAUAUUAUACAAAGAUUUCUGUAUCAUUUUAAUUCCUUCAUAAUAAGAAUGAGAAUACUAUCAGUUUGAUUUUCUGCUUUAAAUUGCUUUUAAUAAGCAUUUUAGAUGCAUUCCAAAGUGAUAGAGACUUAAGCUUCUAAUAUUAAUCAGUCAUUCAAUUGAUAGACAAAGUUACCAAUGCUUUAUGCUAGGAGGAGAGUUUUGUUAUGGGCAGCAACUUACACUACUUUCCUCAAAAGGCAAACACAAGUAAUUAUUAUACACAAAGGAAAUGAAUUAUAAGUAUGUGGUAAAGCAGCUUUCUCUUUAUUUCAAAAUUGAUGUGCUCUGAUUUUUCUUCCUUAGUUCAUUAGAUUUAGAAUGUCCUUUGACUGGAAACUUAGCUACAUAUUAAAGCAACCUGUUUUGCUUUUCUUUUCUUUCUUUCUUUCUUUUUUUUUAAAGAUGUAGUUAUAUUGAACCACCUUUUUUUCCCAGUUACAUAUCACUUGUGUGAUUACAGUGUUAUGUCUUGGGUUUGAUGUUUUUGGACAGAAAAGCAUAUCAGUUAUUUUAAAUGAUAUUUCCCCCCCCAUCUUUGAAGCUUAGUCUGUAAAUGUGUUGAUAUAAAAGAAAAUGCUUGGGUUUGCAUUACUUGAAUACUUGAAAACUGAAAUUAGUAAUGUAUCUUACAUAAUGAAUUAGAUUUUUCUUUUUUUUUGAAUUAGAUUUUUCUGAACACGGUUUUUACACAAACAACUUUCAUUUCUGGAUCAUAAUUUGAAAUAGAAGGUUUCAACUCUUUGGGAAAAAAUGACAGGCUUAUAGAAAAAUACCCUUUUGUGUUUCAGGCAUCCCAAAUUCAACUUUUUUUGUAGGUUUCUGUCCUAAAACCUGCUUUCUCUUUUCUCCUGUACUUAAUGCACUUACUACGCUAUAGAUGUUAUCAAACAGCAGGUUAAAGUAAAAUCUCUGUUCAUUAUGAAUCUUUCAGCUUUUCUAGUUAUGAAAAAUUGCUCUGUAAAAUACUCAAUCCCUAAAUAUAGGCAUAUUUUUGUUUACAUCUUACCCAUUAAUGGUAUAAAUACCAUUAAUCAUUUUAACAAAACACAAGAUGUUUAUAAAAAUUGAAAACAUGUUGUAUUUCAGCUAGUUAGUGAAGGGUAAGAAGAAGCUGGCUUUGAAUUGUUUCAUUAGUUAAAUUUCAAAACUCUUUAAUAAAGGAAUUUUCAGAGAUAGGUUGAGACCCAGUAGUAUCCAUGUAAACUAGCUUUUAUGGCCUGGAGAAAACGCCCAAAAAACAGUAGAGGAGACGAGAAGAUUUACUUGCCAUGAUUGUGGUGUGCUGCUACUUCAAUUUAGGUAGUGACACACUGAAAUUUUAUUGUCCAGUAAUCUGAAGAAAUUCCCUGUUGUUUAUGUGUACUAAACUAACUAUAAAUUGGUGAAAUCUGCUAAGCGGAAACUUUUUAACUGUACUGUAUUGAGGAACCUUUUUACAGCUGGGUGAAGUUUCCAUGAUACGAAGUAUUUGAAUUUUAAAAUAUACUGUUAUCAUAAGAAAUAAGACAUGGCAUUAUUCCAUGUUCUCAAGUAAUAAUUUCCUUAUUGAGUUUCAGAAGAAAAAACAAAAUGAAUAAUUGUAACUGCGUUAGCUGUAUGUUGAAUUGGAAAAUUGUGGCAUAAAGCUUAAAUUUGUGUUUAUCAAAUGUGAACCAUAGUAGUAUAAUGCUGCUUUGUAUAUACUGUAAGUGCUACAAAUAGUCUCAGCACUGAAAAUGUAUUGAUACCUCUCAAAUGAAUGCAAAUUUUGAUGUAGGUGUUUUGAUAUGCCUCAGAAAGUAUCUGAGUGUCUGAGAACUUGUUAAUCUGUUAAUGGAGAUACUUCCUGUUUUUCAUUGCAUAUUUUCAUGUUUAAAAUCUAAUUUUUACAUUUUUACUACUGUUAAUUUAAGUGUAAAAUUUGUUCUGUGGAUAAAAAUGAGGUUGCCAGUGAAGAAAAUUAAAAACAGCCUCAUUCAUGUAACUGCUUAAGUAAAAAUACAUUUUUGCUGUAUGUUCAUAAACUUUUAAUGAAGUUGUUUGUAUUUCUGUUUGAAUAUAAGUGAUGUUUAGGCUUUAUUUCUGUUUAAUAAGGCCUUUCACCAUUGAUUAAAUGAAGGAAUGUAUCUUUUUGAAGAGAUUUAUAUUCUGUAAAUAAAAAUUGGUUGUAACAAUAAAGUUGGGUUCUAACUGCAGUGUACCAUAAA